GGAGCCUCCUUUUACACCAAAUAAAAGAAUAGCAAACUGCAAGCCGCAAGGAAAUUAAAAUGGUGAAUUCGAAGCACUUUGUUCUGGUUCAUGGAAUUUGCCAUGGAGCAUGGUGCUGGUACAAGGUUGCCACGCUGCUCAAAUCAGCUGGUCACCGUGUCACCGCCCUGGACCUUGGUUCUAGCGGAGUCGACCCUAGGCGGCUAGAUGAGGUAUAUUCCAUUUCUGAUUCGCUACAACCGUUGAUGGAUUCCAUAGCUUCUCUACCACACGACGAGCGGGUAAUUUUGGUGGGUCACAGUUAUGGAGGCAUGGGCAUUUCCCUAGCCAUGGAGAGUUUCCCAGAUAAGAUCUUAGUGGCAGUUUUUGUCACAGCCUUUAUGCCAAAUAUUAUAUUUCCACCGGCUACUCUGGUGCAAGAGUUUUUUGAGAGAACCCCCAAGGAGUCCCUGUUGGAUUUGUACUUCUCCUUCGAUCAUGGACCAGAAAACCCACCAACUUGGGCAAUAUGUGGACCGAAUUUCAUGGCAGCCAAUAUCUACCAACACUGCCAAGCGCAGGAUUUGGAAUUAGCCAAAAUGUUGGUGAAGCCAAGUAAGUUAUUCUUGCAAGACUUGGCAAUGGAAUCUCUGCUGACAGAAGAAAAAUUCGGGUCAGUAAGUCGGGUUUAUAUAGUGUGCGAUAAAGAUGAGCUGCUAAAGGAAGAUUUUCAGCGAUGGAUGAUUGAGAAGAGCCCACCCAAAGAAGUGAAAUCGAUCGCAGGAGCUGACCACAUGAUCAUGCUUUCAAAACCCAAUGAACUUUGCCUUUCUCUCCAACAAAUUGCUGAGAAAUACUAGUGAAUGAAUUUAGUUAGUUAUCUUCUGCUAGCUAUUUCAUUAUUAAGGUUUAAUAUUGUUGUAUUUAAAUCUUAAAGGUUGAUUUACGUUGAUGGUUGCACAAAUAUUUUGAUUAA